AGAAAGCAUUCUACAGCAAUGUAGAGAAACGGAAACAAAGGAAAGAAAAGAAAGCUCUAAUGAGCAAUGAACAAGAAGAUGACUACCUUUUGGCUGAGGCAAGGCAACCAUUGUGGCGCAAAGUUCCAAUAGCUUCAAGCCUGAUCAACCCAUAUCGCAUAGUGAUAGUGAUGCGUUUGGUUAUCCUAGUUUUCUUCUUUCACUUGAGGAUCACAACACCAGUGCAUGAUGCAUUGGUCUUGUGGAUAAUCUCUGUAGUGUGUGAAAUUUGGCUUGCUUUGUCUUGGAUAGUUGACCAACUCCCCAAGUGGUUCCCUAUUACUCGUGAAACUUACUUGGACCGUUUGUCUAUAAGGUUUGAGCAUGAAGGGGAACCAAACCUUUUAGCCUCAGUUGAUGUUUUUGUGACCACUGCAGACCCUUUGAAGGAACCACCUAUUAUAACAGCAAACACGGUUCUAUCAGUGUUGUCUGUUGAUUAUCCUGUUGAGAAGGUUAGUUGCUAUGUCUCUGAUGACAGUGCAUCUAUGCUUCUCUUUGAUACCUUGUCAGAAACUGCUGAGUUUGCAAGAAUAUGGGUUCCUUUUUGUAACAAGUAUAAUAUUGAGCCAAGGGCACCCGAGUUUUAUUUCUCUCAGAAAGUUGAUUACUUGAAAGAUAAGGUGCACCCCACAUUUGUUAAGGAUCGCAGGGCCAUGAAGAGAGAGUAUGAAGAAUUCAAGGUGAAAAUCAAUGUGUUGGUUGCAAAGGCUCAGAAAAAACCAGAAGAAGGGUGGAUGAUACAAGAUGGUACUCCAUGGCCAGGGAACAACACUGAUGAUCACCCAGGAAUGAUUCAGGUGUGUCUGGGAAGUGCUGGUACACUGGACAAUGAAGGCAAGGAACUGCCAAGACUUGUGUAUGUUUCGCGGGAAAAACGUCCUGGCUAUCAACACCACAUGAAAGCUGGCGCCAUGAACGCUGUGGUUCGAGUUUCAGCUGUGCUUAGUAAUGCACCUUUUGUGUUGAAUCUGGAUUGUGAUCAAUACAUAAAUAAUAGCAAGGCUCUCAGGGAGGCUAUGUGCUUUUUAAUGGACCCUCAACUUGGAAAGAAGUUAUGUUAUGUCCAAUUUCCGCGAAGGUUUGAUGGCAUUGAUUGCAAUGACAGAUAUGCUAAUCACAAUACUGUAUUCUUUGAUAUCAACAUGAAAUGCCUUGAUGGAAUUCAAGGUCCAGUGUAUGUUGGCACUGGAUGUGUGUUCAACAGGCAGGCUUUAUAUGGCUAUGAGCCACUAUCUGAGAAAAAGCCAACGAUGAGGAGUUGCUGCUGUUGUUCUGAUGAUUCUCAGUCCAUUUUUGAGGGUGAAGAGACUGAUGAAGAGCUUGAAGACUUCUUUGAUGAGCAAGAGGAACCACCCUUCAUGUCCCCAAAAAAUUUAGAAAAACGAUUUGGACAAUCACCAGUUUUCAUUACUUCUGCUAUGAUGGAAGAUGGUGGACUUCCAAAAGGCACCAAUUCACAAUUACUGAUCAAGGAAGCCAUUCAUGUCAUAAGCUGUGGCUAUGAAGAGAAAACUGAAUGGGGCAAAGAGAUUGGGUGGCUUUAUGGCUCAGUCACAGAAGACAUCUUAACUGGGUUUAACAUGCAUUGUAGAGGAUGGAAAUCAGUGUACUGCAUGCCAAAGAGAGCAGCUUUUAAAGGAUCUGCUCCUAUAAAUCUAUCAGACAGAUUACACCAAGUUUUGAAAUGGGCUUUGGGUUCCACUGAGAUUUUCUUUAGUGGCUAUUGCCCUUUGUGGUAUGGCUAUAGAGGAAAACUGAAAUGGCUACAGAGGCUGGCUUACACUAAUGCCAUCGUUUAUCCAUUCACUUCCAUCCCUCUGCUAAUAUACUGUACAGUGCCAGCUAUCUGUCUUCUGACUGGGAAGUUCAUCAUCCCCACUCUGACAAACCUUGCUAGCAUUUGGUUAAUGGCUCUAUUUAUCUUCACCAUCUUAACAUGUGUGCUAGAGAUUCGUUGGAGUGGGGUUAGCAUUCAGGACUGGUGGCGCAAUGAGCAAUUCUGGGUCAUUGGGGGUGUUUCUGCACACUUUUUUGCUGUAUUUCAUGGUCUCCUUAAAGUUGCUGGAGUGGACACCAACUUCACUGUGAGAGCAAAAUCAGCAGAAGAAACUGCAUUUGGACAGCUCUAUCUCUUCAAGUGGACAGCUCUUCUCAUCCCACCAACAAGUCUUGUGAUUUUGAAUAUGGUGGGAAUUGUGGCUGGAAUCUCUGACGCCAUUAACAAUGGCUAUGACUCAUGGGGCCCUUUAUUUGGGAAGCUUUUCUUUUCCUUCUGGGUCAUUGUGCACUUAUAUCCUUUCCUCAAAGGUCUAAUGGGAAGGAAAAAUAGAACCCCUACCAUAGUAGUGCUCUGGUCAAUAUUUCUAGCAUUAAUUUUCUCUAUGAUUUGGGUGAGAAUUGAUGUUUUCUUGCCCAAGAAGACAGGUCCAGUACUCAAACAAUGUGGGAUCAGAUGCUAA